AUUAUUAUAGCUUUCAAAAUCAAGUCAUAAAAAAAAGAAAGAUGUCAAACCAAGAGUUAUAUCAACUAAAAGAGGAAUAAUGGACAAAAUGUUGAAUCCACAUAACAUAUUGGAUUCAUCAGCACCAAUGAAAAAACGAGGAAAAGAAAGGGAACAACCUAACAAAAAACGGAUCUCAGCUAUGAGAAAAGUAAUAUUGAAAGAAAGAGAAAAAAGAAAACAAAGAUUAGAUGAAGUAAAAUUUAAAAAUGCAGAAGAAACAAAAAGCAUGGAUGAAAAUUCUAGUAUGAUAAAUGAUGAAUCAAAAAGCUGUGAAGAAACUGUUGAUAAUUAUUUAGUUUCUAAAGUCAGUUUGAGCACUUUUGUGGAAGAUAAAACAUUACAAGCAGCAAAAUUAAUUCUACAUACAAGAAAAUUUCGGGAUUAUUGCAAUCAUAUGUUAAGUGAAGAAAUAGAUUGUGCCGUAAAAUCGUUAUUGAAAGAUUUGAUAAGAUUUCAAGACAGGUUACACCAGAAAGAUCCAGUCAAGGCCCGAAUGAAAAGGAGACUUGUUCAAGGCUUACGAGAGGUAACAAAGCAUUUAAGAUUAUCCAAAUUGAAAUGCAUUAUUAUCGCUCCUGAUAUAGAAAAAAUUUCUGCAGAAGGAGGAUUAAAUGAUGCCCUUCAAAUAAUAAUAAAUUUAACUAAAGAACAAAAAAUACCAUGCGUGUUCGCAUUACAGAGACGAACCUUGGGCAAACUAUGCAUGAAAUCGGUUCCAGUCAGUUGCGUUGGAAUUUUCAAUUAUGAAGGAUCAGAGGAAAAUUUUCGUCUUUUGAGUAAUCUGGUGGAAGAAAGUAAAAAUCAGUAUGAAGAAUUAUUGAAAAAUAUACAAGGACGCAUCACCAAAGAGAUUGAAGAUAAAGUGUUGCAAUCAUCCAUAACAGACUGUGUAAUUCAAAGUGUUCGCUCAAGCAUUUUAAGACAGUUGUCUGAACAAAGCAGUUUCAGUCAAGAAAAUACAAUAGAACAACCAAAAACUAUGGAAGACAGCACCUGACGUUUUAUUUGGCAUUAACAGUUUGACAAAUAUGUAAUCAAAUAACUGGCUGUUCAGAUGGUUAUUUUUAACACAUUAUUUGUUUGAAAUUCUUUCAAAUCUUACAGAUGUGGUCUGCAAACUGUUUUGAUAGAUUUACCAAGAAGAAAUUAGUUGUAGUAACCCUUUAUAUUUAUUUCUGUUAUAUUAAUGGAUUGGCUAGAUUAUAUGUUAUCAUUUAGAAAUAUAUGGAUCAGUUUGCAAACCACAAUUUACAGAAAUUUUUAAUAUAUUAAUCAUUUAUUAAUAUAUAAAAUUUAGGUUUGAAGUGAUAUUUUGACAAUCAUAUUAUAGUUAUUGUAAAUAAUUAAAAGGUUUAUGUUUGAUUAAUGAAUAUUCUUAUAAGAAAUUUUUUCAUAAAGUUAAUUUUUACUAAGAUAUAAAAUGAGUUGUUAUACUAAAUAUUAGAAAAUUAAUUUUAUCUUGCUUAAUGUUGUUUACAGAAUUUGAAUGUCUUUAAUCCCUUUAAUGAAGUUUUAACCUAUAAAAGAUUUUAUAUUGUUUUUCUUUUCAUAUCUUUAUAAAAUGUAGCAGUUAUUCAUAAGAAAUUUGAUAUCAGAGUUCUUAUUUUUAUUUUUUGAAUACACAUUAACAUAUAUAAUGAUUUUUUAAUUGUAUAUUUUGUACAGAGAAUCAAAUAAGUAUUAUUUGAUAAUCAAAAUAUCCAAUUUUCAAACAUUGAAAGUAGUAUUUACUUAGUUUAUAAAUCAAAAAUGAAUUUUUUAACAAUUUGAAUUCAGAAUAAAAAUAAGUCAUUAGGUAUUGGAACUGUGUAUGUAUGUAUGCAAAUGUUAUUUUUUAUGAUACCGAACAAUAGCAAUGUUUAAUAAAUUUUUCAGGAAUUUUAUUGUUUGCUCAUGAAUCUUAUACAUUGAAUGGAUGUAAUUGUAAGACAAGAAAUAUAAAAUCUUUAUACAUUUGUAAAA